UAUUAAUUGCAAAGUGCUAUUUGUUUUUUCGCGCACGAACUUGGUGCAUAUCGUAAAUUACGAAAAAGAGUGUCAAGUCGGUGUAGGAAUGUGGCACUUCAAAAUGGCUGCCAGUUACUUUAGUAAUUUACGGCUGUACCUUUCUUUGUUGUUGCUGAAGUAAUUACGACUGUAUAUUAGAAUACUAUAGAAUUAUUUUUAAGGGAAAAUAGUGAAUUAGAAGAUUUAUGUGUACAUUAAUCUUGUCACAUGGAUUUUGUAGAAACGUGAGAAUAGAAUAUGCUCUGAAGUCGUUCUCUCCUGAUUGCUAUUUCAGUUAAACUUAUUUCAAGAAAAAUCUUAUCUAAUGUUUUCUGAUUUCUAAAGAAAGUGUGUGCUAUUGUAGCUCAUUUUAUGUAUAAAGAACUUAUUGGAUCAAUCCGUCACGCAUCUAAUGAAUAGAUGUAUGUAUAUAUAUAUAUAUAUGUCACAGCCGGAUUAAAGCUAGGUCUGAGAAGGCCUAGCAUGGGCCACUAUGAAUCCACCCACGGUUAGCAAAUCGAGCACUCGUGGCUCUGGAUAUCAUCAAAAGGCUUUAGCUGAAAUUCGCAAUUCUUUACUACCUUUUGCAAAUAUUGGAGGUGCAGGCGAAGUAGGUUCUAGUGCUGCUAGUACUAUAUCUACUUUAUCUACGACCAGUGGCAUUAGUUCUGCUUCAGGACUUAGUGGUCUCUCUACAGCUUCUGGAUCUACUCUUGAUAAAUCUGAUCAACGACAAUUGUUAGCUCAGCUAUUAGCAAUGGGAUAUUCAGAGGAAAUUGCAUUGCGCGCGUUGAAAUUAGCUGGCUGGCGUCUAGAUGCGGCUAUAGAAUUCUUGAAGCAAGCUCAGGGAGAAUCUCUAAAUGGUCUAGGCAAACUUAACAGCAAAUUAAUAAGAAAACCUAGUUUGGAAAGAGAAUUGAGUUUACAACGAGGUAGUCCUGCAUUGGAUAGUGGAGCAGGAAGUUCACGAUCCGAUAGUCCUCGUCUGGCGGAACUUAGCCCACAUCCGCAAUUGAGCCGACAAUACUCUCCAAGCAAUUUUGUAGAACGAGAACCACCUCCUCCUCCACCUCCUAGAUGUAGCUCUACACCACCCCCACCACCACCACCUCACGCUCCAUAUAAUCAGCCAAAUGUACCUACUAAUAUGCAACAAAUGCUUAAGCGAAUGUCUCCUGCUCCGGUGGUUCCAACGCGACCUCCUCCUACCACACCUGGUAAUACUGGUCCGAUAUCAACAUCAGUUAAUCUACCACAAAGAGGUACAAGUCCAGUAGCAAGUUCUAAUAAUAAUUCAAAUUGUCGCCAACCCAUGAUUGUUCAAAAUGGUCCGCAAGUUCAACAGCAACUUUCUCAGCAAAUGCAAGCUCUUAGUAUUUAUCAAACAGGCAACAACAAUUCUAAUACUCAAGUCGAACCGCCACCACCAUAUCCCAUUGUUUCUUCCUCGUCGACUGGUCCGGUACAACCACCAUCUUACAGUGCCUCUAUACAAAAUAGACAAAGUCCUACACAAUCUCAGCAAGAUUAUCGCAAAAGUCCUUCUUCUGGAAUCUAUUCUGGCCCAACAUCGGCCGGUUCUCCAAGUCCAAUUACCGUUUCUGCUAUAUCACCAAAUACACAAGCAUCUAUGGCUAGACCAACUCCAUUGCAAGCUUGGGGUGCACGACAGGCAAAAACACAACCACCAAUUAUUAUGCAAUCUGUUAAGAGUACACAAGUACAAAAACCUGUGUUACAAACUGCAAUCGCACCGACUUCUCCACAACCAAUUUCAACUACUAGUAACACACCACCACCUCCACCAUCUUAUGCAUCGUCUAUUCAACAAAAGCAGCAACAGCAACAACAGCCACAACCGCAGCAACAACAACAACAACAGCAACAACAACAGUCUUCGCAAGCACCACCUCCUGCAUAUCCACCAGUGAAUAGUGUUGGCACAACAUCAACGAACAAUAUAAAUGUAGGUGUUUCUGUAGGAGUACCCACUACAGAACCACCAAGUUAUGCGACAACGAUGCAAGCAUUAGCGGCACAACGAGGAAUGCAUCAUCCAGUACCUCCUCCUCCCUAUGGAACAGCUACUACUGAAGAUUCUAAUUGCAUAUCAACGAUAGACAAUAAUACAACCCUUAGAUCAUCUCCAGUUGCUUUACAUCCUCCAUUGCAAAGAAAAUAUUCACCUGCAGAUGGAUGUCAACAUCCUACGGAAGCUCCACCUUUACCUCCGGUAACAUCCACGUCCAUACCCUUAAGAACUAAUAACAACAUUGGUAACAAUGUCAACAACAGCAAUAAUAAUAGCAAUAGUAGCAAUGGCGGCAAUAGUAAUAAUAAUAACAAUAAUAAUAAUAAUAAUCAUUCACCUGAUAAUGGAGCAAAAGGAGCUGGUUCAUCACCUUCAUCUUACAAAAUCAAACAUCAGUCUCCGAUACCUGAACGUAAACAUAUGAGUAAAGAAAAAGAAGAAGAACGUAGAGAUUGUAAAGUUCGCAAUUAUUCUCCACAGGCUUUUAAAUUUUUUAUGGAACAGCACGUUGAAAAUGUAUUAAAAUCUCACAAACAACGAUUAUAUCGUCGGCUUCAAUUAGAAACAGAAAUGGCUAAGAUAGGUCUUAGCGCGGAAGCUCAAUGUCAAAUGAGAAAAAUGUUAUCACAAAAGGAAUCGAAUUAUAUCCGGUUGAAACGAGCAAAAAUGGAUAAAUCCAUGUUUACGAAAAUCAAACCAAUUGGAGUUGGCGCUUUUGGAGAAGUAACACUUGUUAGAAAACUUGAUACCAAUCAAUUUUAUGCUAUGAAAACUUUAAGAAAGGCAGAUGUGUUAAAUCGUAAUCAAGUUGCUCAUGUUAAAGCUGAAAGAGAUAUAUUAGCAGAAGCUGAUAAUGAAUGGGUUGUAAAACUUUAUUAUUCCUUUCAAGAUAAGGACAAUUUAUAUUUUGUAAUGGAUUAUAUACCAGGUGGAGACUUGAUGUCAUUGUUGAUCAAAUUUGGCAUUUUUAAGGAACCUCUGGCAAGAUUUUAUAUUGCUGAAUUAACGUGCGCUGUAGAAAGUGUUCAUAAAAUGGGUUUUAUUCAUAGAGACAUUAAACCAGACAAUAUUUUAAUUGAUCGAGAUGGACACAUAAAAUUAACAGAUUUUGGUCUAUGUACAGGAUUUCGUUGGACUCAUAAUUCUAAAUAUUAUCAACAAAAUGGACAUGGAAAACAAGAUUCAAUGGAUCCUGCUGACGAUUGGAAUAAUGAAUGUCGUUGUAUCCAAUUAAAACCAUUGGAACGUAGAAGACAUAGAGAACAUCAAAGAUGUUUAGCUCAUUCCUUGGUUGGAACACCAAAUUAUAUUGCACCAGAAGUACUACAAAGGACAGGAUACACUCAAUUGUGUGAUUGGUGGAGUGUUGGUGUGAUUUUGUAUGAAAUGUUAGUUGGUUCUCCACCAUUUCUUGCUAAUACUCCAGCUGAAACCCAAUAUAAAGUAAUCAAUUGGGAAACGACUUUGCAUAUCCCUAAGCAAGCGAAUCUUUCCGCAGAAGGUAUGGAUUUAAUAUUAAAGUUAUGUGUUGGUGCAGAUCGUCGGUUAGGUAAGAACGCAGAUGAAGUAAAGAAUCAUCCAUUUUUUGCGAACAUCGAUUUUGAAAAGGGACUACGACGGCAAGUAGCUCCUCACAUACCUCGGAUACAAUAUCCUACGGAUACAAGUAAUUUUGAUCCCGUGGAUCCUGAUAAAUUACGAAAUUCAGAAUCGUCCGAUUCUAAUAAAUCCGAUGAAUUAUUAGAUAAUGGUAAACCAUUUCAUGGUUUCUUUGAAUUUACCUUUAGACGUUUCUUUGACGAUGGUGGAGGUCCUGCAUAUCCUAGUCGAAUAAGUUUGGACGAUAAUGACAAUCAAGGUCCAGUUUAUGUAUGACAAUAGCUUUAGAAUUUUUUGUAUUCGCCAAGUCGAUGAUAAUGGAAUCUUUCGUAUGUUUUAUUACAAAAAAAUUAUAUUUGUAAAUAUUAUCCGAAAGAAUUUCUUCUGGAUCGACAAAUAGUUAGGAUAAUAUGAAUUAUAAAAAUUUUUCUUAAAUCGUUAUCAUGUAUGCGUGCGCGUACACGCGUAUGCGUGUGCGUGUGCAUGUGCAUAUAUGGGAAGAUUGGAUGAAUACAUAUGCGCGCGCGCGUACAUAUAAAUCCAUGUAUGUACGUAGCAUACAUUACGUUGUUUUACAUAAGAAAAAGAAAAGAAUAAUGAUUAGUCGUAAAACAAAAACCCUCGCGUUUGUUCCUUAAUUUCGAUAACAUAUCAUACUCGUUUUUUUUUUCUAAUUUGUUUUCUAAUUUGUUUUUUCUUUUCUGUUCUUUUAUAUUUCUUUUUCUUUCUCUUUUGUUUUACUCGCAAUAUCGUUGAGUUAAUCGCUCUUUUUUGAAAAAACAAGUUUUCUUAAUUGAAAACUACGAUAUUAGUUCGAAGAUGAAAUUAUUUAUAAUUAUAAAAUUUAAAUUUAUGGGCAUUUAUCACAUUUUCUUGCAAUAUAAUUUCUAUAAAUUUUUUUUUUAUUAUAAUAUAAUGUGAAAAAUUUUAAGAAUAUGAAGUGGAAUUAUUAAAUUCUUUAUAAAAUAUUAUAAAAAACAAAAAAAAUACAAAAAAAUUUUUAGAAGAAAAAUAUGGAAUUAAUUUUUGAUAAGAUAUAUCAUGUUUUGAAUAUAAUAACUACGAAUUUUUGUGAUGAUUACAAAUUAAGAAAAAAGAAAGAAAGCGAUCGAUGGCUAGAUAAUAUAUAUUAUGUUUAUUGGAAAAAAAAAUAUUGUGCUUGCCAUUUUGGUAUUGGCUCUUGUACCUAUCGGAAACGUGUAUUUGUAUGUUUCAGCAAGUACUGUGAUAUUGCAAAUAAUUAGAAUAAUGCGAUUUUGAACCUAUUGGUCUUAUUUAACUUCUUUUUUUUUUUUACAUUGAACGAUUAAUAAUAACAAAUAUAAAUAAUUAAUAUUAACUGUUACUAUAUAAAUUUUUGAGU